GACGACUGAACCUAAUCUCACGACACACCCACACACCCUCCUCUCUGUUUCUCAUCUCCUUAUCUCCACAGAUACUAUUACAAAUAUCUCUUCGUAUAAAUUUGUACGUUUUAAUUAGUACUGGUACGUAUGUUUCAUUAGCCAUCUGACUCUCUCUCACUUUUUAUUCUCUCUACAAAAGUAAAAUAAAUCUGCAGAAGCUUUCGGCUGAAAGUGUCGGGCAUGGAUUUUUUAUAUUUUUCGGUGAUUUGUUUUAUUUUUUCGGCGAUUUCGAUUGUCAAUGGGCAGAAUUCCCCGGGGACGCCGACGGACCCGUAUGGCUACGCGAAGUUUAGCCCUUCUAUGGCUAUUAUUAUUGCGGUUCUGAUUACGGCUUUAUUUUUCAUGGGAUUUUUUUCUAUUUACGUGCGGAGGUGGUCACAAUCUGGCUCCGGCGGGAGUGUUCGAGCUACGCUAUCCAUGCGUGCUCGACGCGCGGCAGCCGCGCGCGGGCUCGACGCGACGGCUAUCGAUGCGCUCCCGACACUGGCGUAUGCCGAAGUGAAGGACUUGCAUAUCGGGAAAGGCGCGUUGGAGUGCGCGGUUUGUUUGAAUGAAUUCGAAGAUGAUGAGACGUUAAGGUUGCUUCCGAAAUGUGAUCACGUGUUUCAUCUCGAAUGUAUUGAUAUGUGGCUGGCUUCGCAUACUACGUGCCCGGUUUGUCGGGCUGAUCUUGCGGCUGAACCGGUUGAGGCGGUCGCGGUGGCGGAUGAUGUGUUGCCGGUUUCGGAGUCGGCUAAUGAGGUUGAUAAUGUGGUUGAGCCGCAAGAAGUUCGUGUUACUAUUGAGCAUGAUGAAAGUCAAGAAAGGCCUACUAAUGGUUUGCUUGAGAUGCCUAAACCGGAUGUGAUGAAGAGAGCCGGUAGUGUGAGAGUGAACCGGCCUCCGAGAUCGGGUUCGGUGCGGUCUGGUUCGGUCCGGUCUAAACUGUUUGGGAUUGAAAAUAUAUUCCCUCGGUCUCACUCAACCGGUCAUUCAUUAGUCCAACCAUCUUUGGUUCAACCGGGUGAGAAUAUGGACCGGUACACAUUACGGUUACCUGAGGAGCUAAGGAAUGAAAUUAUUAAACGUUCAUUGAACCGAACCGGGAGCAUUGUUGGAGAGGGAAGUGUCAAAAAGGGUAACAAAAAUGAAGAAGGCUCAAGUAGAGGAAAAACCAUUAAACGGCUCGGGAGUCUCGAACGGGUGGGAAAAUCGGACCGGUGGAACUUUGCUCGAAUGCCAUCGUUCUUAACGAGAGCAUUGUCGACGAGGUCGAAGGUGGUGGCAGGCGACGGAGAGCCAUCUACAUCUGCUCAACCGGGCGGCAAUGACGGUUCAGUAAAAGGAAAAACCUCUGACCCGGCCAAACUCCCGGUUUAAUUAAACCGGCCUUUUCUUGGUGGUUCAAUGUUGUUGUACAAUUAGGUAGGGGUUCGGAAAUGGAUAGCAUUCGGCAUGCCACCUCACAUCAUGGGCCCCACACUGCGAGAAAUUCGCUCGUGGGCGGUUCAAUCAGGAAUGUUACAAUCUAGAAUGGGCCAAGUGGGCCUGGUGAAAGUUGGCCAUUUGAAAAGGCCCCCUCCUUUUUUGACAAAUAAUUAUUUUAGAAUCUUCUUUAAAGAUUAAUAUCUAAAUAUUUUGUAGAUUAUUCCAGCUUUAUGUACAGAUGGUUUGCAUGUUGUUGUUUGUAAAUAGCAAAACAUAUGAAUCUCGUUCUUGUUGCGCUUGA